UAGUCUCCACGUGAUUAAUAAUUAUAUCAUAAUUAAUACUAUAUUUAAUUACAAAAAUGAUAAAUAAAUCAUUAAAAAGAAAUGCUCCACCAACAAAAGAGGUAGAGCCAUCAGUUGGAUUACCAGAAAAACGAUCAUCUGAUGAGCCUCCAGCAAAAAAAGUCAAAUGGAUAAAUCGACAACGAGUAUUAAUGCUUGCAUCACGUGGAAUAAAUCAUCGUGAUCGUCAUUUAAUGGAAGAUAUAAAAAAUCUAAUGCCUCAUCAUCGUACUGAAGCCAAGAUGGAGAGACAAAAAAAUCUUCAAGUUAUCAAUGAAAUAUGUGAAUCUAAAAAUUGUAACAAAGCAAUAUUAUUUGAAGGAAGACGUAAACGUGAUCUUUAUUCUUGGCUUUCAAAUAGUCCAGUUGGUCCAUCAGCAAAAUUUAUGGUUGAAAAUGGCAAGUGUUAA